AUGGAGCUACGCUCCGAGCUACCUAGCGUGCCCGGCGCAGCGACGGCGGCGGCGACAGCGACGGGGCCGCCCGUGGCAUCUGUGGCGUCGGUGGCGGCGGCGGCGGCAGCGGCCGCGUCGCUACCGGUGAGCGUGGCGGGCGGCUUGCUGAGAGCGCCGCCGCUGUUGUUGCGGGCUGCGGAGAAGUACCCGCGGACCCCCAAGUGCGCGCGCUGCCGCAACCACGGCGUGGUGUCAGCGCUCAAGGGCCACAAACGCUAUUGCCGCUGGAAGGACUGCCUGUGCGCCAAGUGCACGCUCAUCGCCGAGCGCCAGCGCGUCAUGGCGGCGCAGGUGGCGCUGCGCAGGCAACAGGCGCAGGAGGAGAACGAGGCGCGCGAGCUACAGCUGCUCUACGGCACUGCCGAGGGCCUGGCGCUCGCGGCCGCCAACGGCAUUAUCCCGCCGCGACCUGCCUACGAGGUCUUCGGUUCCGUGUGCGCCGCCGACGGCGGGGGGCCGGGAGCGGGAGCGCCCGCGGGGACCGGAGGCGGCGCAGCGGGCGCCGGGAGCUCAGAGGCCAAGUUACAGAAGUUUGACCUGUUCCCCAAGACACUGCUUCAGACCGGUCGCCCCGGCAGCCCGCAGCCGCCACCCGGGAAGCCCUUAUCACCCGACGGCGCGGACUCGGGUCCUGGGACAUCUUCUCCGGAGGUGCGGCCGGGCUCGGGCUCGGAGAACGGCGACGGCGAGUCCUUCUCGGGGUCGCCCCUGGCCCGGGCCUCCAAGGAGGCAGGUGGGAGCUGCCCGGGCAGUGCAGGCCCGGGAGGCGGCGGUGAGGAGGACAGCCCGGGUUCCGCUAGCCCACUGGGCUCCGAAUCCGGUUCCGAGGCCGACAAAGAAGAGGCAGAGGCCGCUCCCGCUCCAGGGCUGGGCGGGGGCCCGGGUCCACGGCAGCGGACGCCGCUGGAUAUCUUGACGCGCGUCUUCCCGGGCCACCGGCGAGGCGUCCUGGAGCUGGUGUUGCAGGGUUGCGGCGGCGACGUGGUGCAGGCCAUCGAGCAGGUGCUGAACCACCACCGCGGGGGCUUGGCGGCCGGCCUCGGUCCCGCCGUGCUCCCCGAUAAGGCCGCAGUGGGUGCAGUAGCAGCUGCGGACGACGCGUGGCCGGGCCGCGUCGACGCCGCGGCAGCUGGGGGGCCGGGGCUGCCAGCGCCGCUUCAGGCAGGCCCCGCCGCUCCUCCACACCACAGACCUUUGCUGGCCGGCGCCAUGGCGCCUGGGGCGCUGGGCUCGCUGAGCAGCCGCUCCGCAUUCUCACCACUGCAGCCCAACGCCAGUCACUUCGGCGCCGAAGCGGGCGCCUACCCGCUGGGCGCGCCGCUGGGCCUCAGCCCCCUGCGCCUGGCCUAUUCGGCGGCAGCGGCGCACAGCCGUGGCCUGGCCUUCAUGGCUCCCUACUCGACCGCUGGCCUGGUCCCCACACUCGGCUUCCGCCCGCCCAUGGACUACGCCUUCAGCGACCUCAUGCGCGACCGCUCGGCCGCCGCGGCUGCGGUGCACAAGGAGCCCACCUACGGCGGCGGUCUGUACGGGCCUAUGGUCAAUGGCGCCCCCGAGAAGCAGUAG